CCUCCUCCGACGACUCCGACCAAGUCACAAUCCUCGUGGUGGCUGAACGGUCGUCGUCCGGUUACCUUCGUCUCGCUGUCGGCUUACUGAAAAAUGUCGGGAAAGUCUAAGGCAUUUACCAAAGAGGAGGAGCUGCUGCUGCAGGACUUCUCCAGGAAUGUGUCGACGAAAUCCUCGGCACUGUUCUACGGCAAUGCCUUCAUCGUUUCGGCGAUACCCAUUUGGUUGUUUUGGAGAAUACAUUUGAUCGAUCUAUAUUCUAACUUGAUCUUUUUUGUACUGGUUACAUUAGUGAGCACAUAUGCUCUUGCCUUGGCAUAUAAAAACACAAAGUUCAUCCUCAAACAUAAGAUUGCUGUAAAAAGGGAAGAUGCUGUAACUAAGGAGAUAAGUCGCAAACUUGCAGAAGACAAGAAAAUGAGCAAGAAAGAAAAGGACGAAAGGAUCUUGUGGAAGAAGAAUGAAGUGGCGGAUUAUGAAGCAACGACAUUCUCAAUCUUCUACAAUAACGCCCUUUUCCUGGCAUUCGUCAUCAUAUCUUCGUUUUACAUUUUAAAAACAUUCACGCCUGCAGUAAAUUAUAUACUUUCCGUAGGUGCUACCAGCGCAUUCUUAGCACUGUUCUCAACGGGUUCCCAAUAAUAUACACUACGAACUCAUAUUGUAUUCUGUUAACUAAUUUCAUAAGAAACUGUCUGAUUUACCUUUUGAUAUGCAACAAUCAUGAAUAAUAAACAUUCUAUUUAUAAUAAAAUUCAGCAACAGUAUUUGUAUUCUAGUAAUAAAGACCUAUUUACUUUUA